GAAGCGCGUCAGUUGUUCGCUUGCCACCGAGAUGAGUGCAAUUAAGCCCGCCCUGCUGCUCUGCCUGAUCCUCGCCAUCGGCCUGUUCCUGGGCCAAGGUCGGGCGAAUCCCGUGGAGGGGAGUGUUCCCGAUAUUCCCGCACCCGAUGCCAACCAGCUGGACACCGAUUUCGGGGAGGAGGACGCCACUGACAAGCCACUGGGCAUAGUGGCGAUCAAGGUGCGCCACAUCCAGCCGGACCCCGCCCACUGCUCCCAGCUCUCGGCCCACCACCCACACCACCCCCAGUGCCACAGCUACUGCAAGCGCCAAGGUCACUGGGUGGGCCAGUGCAAGAAGAACAUCUGCCACUGCUUCUCCUAGGUCUACUUUUAAUAUCUGUGAGCUAAUCUUCUUUUUUUUUUUUUGAGUGCUGCACAUAAUGUAUUUAACUAACGACAUCAAUUUUUAUUUACGAAAGAAUGAUUUGAACUUACAAAAAAGGAAUAAAUUGUUCUAUGCGAAAGUGGAAAGUGUAUUGUAACUAUUGUAUCGAAACUAAGAUGAAAAACGAAUCAAACACAUGUUAUGUAUUUUGAACCUACUGAACCAGAUAAAGAAGAAACCUAAUAAAUCUUCAAGCUAAAUUCA